UAAAACAUUUACCAUCCGAACGACUUCAAUACGUUUCAUAUUUACAACAGUUUAAUAUAAAUUACCAUUGUACAGUGAAUAAUUUCCAGUUGAUAUAUAAGUGCAUCUUCUAGCAAUAGUGUGAUUUAAAAAUGAAUCCUAUGACCAACAUGAAAAACGUGCUCAAACUGAGUGAGCAGGACCUCAAAUAUGGCGGCAAAAAUUCCUGGCAUGAUCAGUACAAGGACAGCGCCUGGAUAUUCGUCGGUGGCCUGCCCUCGGACUUGACUGAGGGCGACCUGCUAGCAGUGUUCUCCCAGUACGGUGAAAUUGUCAACAUCAACCUGGUGCGGGAUAAGAAAACCGGCAAAUCCAAGGGUUUCUGCUUCAUCUGCUUCGAAGAUCAACGGUCCACCGUGUUGACGGUGGACAACAUGAACGGUAUCAAGCUGCUGGGGAGGUCACUGCGGGUGGACCACGUGUCCGACUACAAACCACCCAAGGACGACAAAGCGGACGAGGAAACGAAACGGCUGUACAUGGAAGGAUGUGCGCCAAAGUAUAGCUAGAUGAGUAAAUCUCGCUCGUGAGAACGAAUUACUUCCUACUUUGAUAAAAUAGAAAACUAAUUUUUAAUAUCUUUAUAUUAGUUAAGAUAAGGUUCGGAAAAAUAAAUAUGGUAUGUAUUGGUUAAUUAUCUCCUCUCAAGUGGGGAAGGUCUAUCAAAGAUCUCAUCAAAAUUAGUUGAAAUCGAAAUACAGGUCCUUGAAUUAUAAUUAUAUUCAUCUAUCUCUCAUCCUCCUCGAAAAUCCAUGGCCAGGGGUUUCCUGUUAGUCUUGAGAUACUGUAACAUGUGCAUCACACAUGUUAUUCAUAUUUCUUCUUUAACACACUUUCAGCAGACUCAGUGGGAACAUGCUGAGAAGGUCAAUUUCAUCCGGCAUUGAACCUUCAGUUCAAUGCCUAGCAACUCUAGCACCGUUGGCGACAAGCAGAAAGUGUCGCAUUACAAAUGUAUCGAGACAUGCUGUUACCAAGUGAACAGUCAUGUAUUUUUCGAGGGUCUCUGUCCCUCGCUCUUUUGCGUUAACAACGAUCACUGAUUGGUGAUCGAUGUACAUAGCUAGGUUCAUGUAUUGGUGCUUCAAGUAUCUCCCGUAGGUUAAAUUAUAUUUCUGUAAAUUUCAAUAAAGCAUUAAGAUUCCAACCUUCUAA